UAGUAACACUGUUUUAACUUUCGUUUGUCAAUUUUUAUUUAUUGGCCUUUUACGAAGACGGGCCAUGGAUAUUUUCGUAUUAAAUUGUCAAUGAUGGCUUCGUCUGUACAAAAUAACAGAGCAGCACAUUCGGGUUACUGUGUAUGUUGUAGAAAGUGUAAUAUGAUGUGUUGGAAAGCGUUCAAAUGGAUUCCUGUGCUAUUGAUAGUUUCAAUUGUGGCAUGGUCAUAUUAUGCCUACGUUAUUCAGUUAUGCGUUUUUACCAUAACCAGUACGGUCCAGCAGUGUGUGUAUUUAAUACUUUUUCAUAUUCUCCUGUUCAUGUUUAUAUGGUCCUAUUGGCGGACUAUUUUCGCAGAAAUCAAACCUGUUCCCGACAAGUACAAACUACCAGAAGCUGAGUUAGAAAAGUUGCUCAGCGCUGAGUCAGAAGAUGCUCAGAGAAGUGUACUAGAGAACUUUGCACACGACCUCCCCAUAGUCACAAGGACAAUGUCGGGUUCGGUGCGUUACUGCAACCGCUGCGUGCUUAUCAAGCCGGAUCGGGCGCACCACUGUAGCAUCUGCGCCCGGUGCGUACUCAAGAUGGACCACCACUGCCCGUGGGUCAACAACUGUGUGUGCUACUUCAACUACAAGUUCUUCAUGCUUUUCCUCGGCUAUGCUCUCUUGUACUGUCUCUUCAUCAUGGCGACGUGCCUGCCUUACUUCAUUAAGUUCUGGAAGGGUGAGUUCGGGACGGCGGCAGCGACGGGCCGGUAUCACAUAGUGUUCGCGUUCUUCGUCUCCCUCAUGUUCGCUAUCUCGCUCGGAUCGCUGUUCGGCUACCACUGCUACCUCGUUGCCAACAACCGGACGACGCUAGAGGCGUUCCGCGCGCCAAUGUUCCGGGGGGGUGCUGACAAGAAUGGAUUCUCCGUUGGCUACUUCAACAACUUCAAAGAGGUGUUCGGCAACAGACCGAACCUCUGGAUGCUUCCUGUCUUCACCAGUUUCGGGGACGGAAUCGUGUACCCGCUGCCGCAACCCGAAGAAGAUACGGAGUCGCUGCUCAGCUCCGAGCGUUGGGACCGCUGGGGCGAGCGCGCGCGACCCUUCGACGAGCGCGAGAGUUCCUCGUACGACGAACUAUGAACGCAGCAUACAAUGUACGAAUCGGAUGACCACACCAUCCAGAGAGGCAAGUUUUGCGCACACAUUUGUAACUAUAUAGAUAUAAGACACGGCAAUAGAUAUGGGAAACAAGAACGAAAUUCCAAUGCGAAUAUCGUCGCGUUAUAGAGAAAACCACAUAACCGUCUUUUUCAAAAAUCACCCUCUGACGUGAUUUUCUUCAACAAAACAUCGAAACAUACACUACUUUCAUUCCAGCAGGGCUAACAUGCGCGACGUGAUAAAAUUAUCGCGAGUCGACAAAUAUUGUCGAAAUCGUUAAGUUUGUCGUGAAACCGAUGUACCUAGCAUUUUAGUAAAAAAAUAUAUUUUUGCAUACUUUUCGUAUUGAAUCCUUUGUCAAAUUCACGUCAGUUUAGGCUAAAAGUCUUGUAUCCAAGCUCAUUUGGAAGAUACAAAGUGACAGUAUGGACAUAUUAUGAUAAAUACAUGGUGCCAUGUUAGCGUUUAUCGACAAUUUAUCGGGUGUUGUGGUGUUUUGACAGAACAACAUGACUGUUUGGUUUGCCACGUUAGCACCAAUCGUCAAAACGACAUAUAAUGACCGUGACAAAAUUUUACGUUGCGCAUGUUAGUCCUGCAGGUAAAAAGCGAGACUGCAUUUUUUUACAGCUUGUCUAUUGCGUGGUUUUGUUAACAAACCAACUUACGUGGUUUGCACCAUAAGGUGACGGUAUGUUUCUCUCGUUGCGCGGGUUUGUGACGAAACUGCUAGCGUUUAAUAGUGUGUCGAAUAAAGAAAUCAUUUUUGAGAUCAUUGUGUGCGUAAUCAAGAGAGAACAGUCAAUUUGGUGCGAGGUAGUCGAUCGCAGCUGGCGCUUGUAUUUUCUAAUGGUCUUCGCUGGUCUGCUCUGCGCACUUUAUUGGACACUUGGUUCUAACCGAAAUACGUUCUAUUAAUAAUCUAUGCGUUCAUAGAACCAUAAUGAAUAGCCGGACUCUGACGUCAUCAUUAAGUAAUCAUUCACAAAAUAGUCUUAGCCAUCCUUUGCCUUAGUAGAAUAAGAUUAAGAAAAUCCUGCUAGGUAUCGGCAAUAAUACUUGUAACUAUAUUCCUCUCUGCUGUGGUCAUCUGAUUGUUAUCUGUGUAAUAGCGGUUUGAUGCACUUAUAUCGAUUAGUAAUGAUAAGCCUUCGAAUCUAGGCAAUGUCCUCAAUAGUUACAGCAUUCUGCACAGGAACAAAUAGAGAGAGUAAGCUUAAUACUAUUUAAGCCUUUGUGAUAUUCACUGAUUACUUAUUUUAUUAACAAAGCAACUAUUAAUUGCAUAAUAAAGGGAAUGGAGUACUAGCUACUAACCGGAUAGAUCCCAAGUAUAAUUUAUAAGUAAGUACAAGCGAUUGUCUACCUCGUUAGUUAGUCGUUACAAAGUCAACUCACAUUCCCUUUAAUUAUCAAACUCGCGAUAAUAAGUGCUGAAACAAUGAAUCGGGUGACUGUGUGCGUUGCUCAUAAUUAUCGGAAGUUUGGUGGUAAAAAACAUUAGACCCAUUUGCUGUCGGGUUAAAAUGUAUAUUGAUUUAUCGGUGCUGACGGCUUGAUUGAAAUUAAUGUGAGAUUGGUGCCGGUUCUGGCACUUAAUUUAGUCUGCCAGCUCUAAAAAUGGUGUCUUUCACUUACAACGAGUGCAAGAGAGAGAAAACUAGUUUUAGAACUGAGAUACUAAAUUAAAAUUCAUUACGGCCCUGAUUCUUGCAGACGGCACCUAAUUUUAUUUUAAGUUGUACCUGUCAAUUUCUUAUCCGCAGAAAAGAAAAGUGACGGACGAAGCUGUUAAUUUUAAAAUUAAUAAUGGAAUGAAUGAAUAACCCGGGCGAAUCCAAUGCGCAACUCACUGUUUAUGCAACCCGCUUGACGUGUGUUAUCAACUUUGAGAGGGUCGUUUAAAUUCUGCCUGUUGACGUGUGUUCCUUAAAUUUUAUGUCUGUCCCGUCCCUUUCGUUUACGGCGGAUAAAAAAAUUACGUGCAUAAUCUAAAAUGAAAUUAGAUGGUGUGCACGGUAAUAAGCAUUUAUGUAUUGUUUUUUUAAUAAAAUGUAUCCCAAUCGAGGGCUGUAACGUUUACAAGAGAGGAAAAUAAAAUAGAACUUAAGUAGAGUAAGCAUUUGUGUGUAGAGAAUCAAGUGACGCUUUAUAUUAAUUAGGAGAUCCAGAAUGAAGCUAUCCAAACCUCAAAGAAACAACAAUAAUAACAUAACAUUAAGCAAGCCUCCGACUGUAAUAAAUAACAAAUAUGUAAAUACUAUUUAAAAGCCAGAUGAGCUUUACAUUUUUAAUUGGCGCACCCAUCAAGUGUUUCGUAUGUGAGAUCGUGAGUUGAGUUAGGGGCUAGCCAAGUUGCAAACGUGUAUAAUUGGUAACGCAUAAAACAUAACAGCUUAUAUACGUCUCACUGCUGCGCACAGGCCUCCCCUCAAUCAACCGGAGGGGGUAUGGAGCAUUCCACCACGCUGCUCCAUUGCGGGUCAGGCUCAUUUUGAGGUAUUCUUAGACGGUAACGCAUAAUUCUUCUAAAUUAAAUGACCAACUUAUGUCAAAUACAAUGCGUUAUACGUUAUACACAUCGAAAAGUUUGCUACUUGGCUUGGUGUGCUCUGAAGUGCAGAAAAUUAUCAAAUCUUAAUGGUUGUUUGUAAAUGUGACUGAUAGUUUUCCAAUGAACAGAAAUUCUUGAAAAAUAUGCUAAUCCGAAUCAAUAGUCUGGACGAUUCAGCUUAGCGAUUAGUGCCUACCUAUUUUGAAUAUUUACAGAAUUGUGAAAUCAUUGUGAUCAUAAGUAAUUUGGAAAUGAAGGAUAUUGCAAGUAUUUUAUUUUGGCGUACAAGCUAAAAGCAAUGAUGUUACACAGACAGGGCGAUAGUGACACCGUAACGAAAAAAAUACAAAGUCUACUUGAUUGUACUAAAAGCGACAUUUUUAAUUAAGAUUUAGAGGCUUGCUGCUCCGUUCGCCUUGUUCAAUUUACAUCGAUAGUUUUUAAUAAUUUGUCAUAUUUAUUUUAAAUUUAGGUUCUAUAUAGCUUAAAGCACAAUAUUGGACUGAAAAUAAAUAAAAAAAAAAACAAAUGUACCUGAAACUGUACUACAGUACUAGUGGGAGCAAAUGAAUUUUCCGACAGGAAAUUCCACUUGACAUCAAUUGUUUUUGGUAAGGUGUCAUCAACCUUUUUGCCUAAGAGAUAUAAUAGCAUAGUUUUCAAGAUAAUCUUGCAGUACUGAAAUACUUGUUGGGUUGCACCCGCUGUUAUACUUUACCUCAAAUUUUGUCUUUCCAUUUUCUUAUUAUAAUAGUUCAAUGUUGUUGCUACGUAAAAUUAAAAGACGUAAGUUAAAAUUAAGUUAGUUGUUUGAGGUUUACGCGGCUAUUAUCGGUCAUCCCGUGAUCAUGGCACUUGCAACAGUGUUGAAAUAUCGGGAGUCUCAUAUCCCUGAUUUUAACGCGGUAAGAACCCCGGUAUUGUGUUUUAAUUAAGUUAGUACCUACUUAAAUUCGCACGACAACGAGUGAUGGUAACUAAUAACGAGUUAUGGUGAGAUGAGUGCAUCCAGGGGUCCUGGGUAACGACCUCCAUGGUCUAGUGGUUGAGCGUUGGGCUCACAUAUCACUAAAAUUACUUUGAUGUCCCUAGUUUGGUUAGGACAUUACAGGCUGAUCACCUGAUUGUCUGCAAGUAAGAUGAUCCAUGUUGCCGUUGGUCCCGGUUACUACUUACUGAUGUAAGUAAGUAGUCGUUGCAUGAGCCAUGUCAGGGGCCUGUGGCGGCUCAACAGUAACCUUGACACUAGGGUUGAUGAGAUUGGUACCCCACAACCAAGUACAAAAUGUAACAUUCAUGGUCUGACCGAACGAAUCAAAGUAGAAAAUAAUGAGCAAUAAUGUUUGCGUCCUUCUCAUAGAUGUGUGGAUACAUCUUGUAGAAGUGUAUUAUAGAAUAGAAUGAUGGAAGUAAGUGCAGGUUCCAAAACGUUCAAGCCUGAGUUAUACGGGUGUUUUAGUGCUCUGGUGUCAUCGUAAAAUACCCUAGAAACGUUUGUCUUUUCGAAAAUACCUAUGUAAGUUGGUAACGUACAAAGUUCCAAAUAUAUAUUUACAAAAAGACAGAAUAUUUUUGCGGUGACAUUCAUGAAUAUUUACGUCUGGUGGUUUGAAACUCACCCGUAUAGAGACAAGGAUCUUUUGGUUCGUGGCCAUAAUUGGACGCCGCACCCAUACGGUCGUAAGGCUCAAAGUCCUUUUAAAAUCCAAAUCCCAUUGUUUAACUAUUGUGUCUGGAAAUCCGGGCCUUACGAGGAUACAGUCGCAUCCUGUGAAAUCCACAUAACUUGUCAGUUGUUAUUAUGGAGAAGGUAUAGUGCACUCCAGCGCCCUCCUGUCAAUGAUAUCGACACGGAAGAAAUUCUGCGGAUUUUAAUGGAACUAAUUGAUGGCCGCAGGACCUCUUUCGUGGCGCGGACUCGUGCCGAUACGAGAUCCUUAUCGACCUAUACAGGUGAAAAACCUUCACUGGCGCGUAGCGUACGCCUAUAUCAUUGCUUGUUAUUGUAAGCGAUGAAGAAGCGACCAGUUUUUAGCAUUACACCGAUUGAUGUACGGUCACGAGUAUCGAUGUUUCCAUUUUGAAACAAUGUCACAUUAACUUUUUGACAAAUGAAACCGUAGGUAAGUCUCAUUGAAUGUCAAAUAUGAUAGUGCGACAGGGUUCUAAAGUGGGUACAUGAUAUUGCUCAUGAUUGUACAUUACACAGGUAUUCUGAUGUUGACUCAAAACUUCCUCUACUGCAUCCUUGGUUGAAUCGACCUUAAGGAAGACCUCGAACUCGGCUUAAAAUCGGUUUUCCUAGACGGCACUGUUCAAUAGUAACCCUGACACCAGGGUUGAUGGAGUUGGUAAUCCACCUCACAACCCACACGAUAGAAGAAAAAGAAGAGAAGUGUCAACUUUCAGCUGAGGCCGAGUCGAGUGCAGGAAGUUUCGAGAACGUCUUAGAAUGGUGUUAGUCUCUCCAAGCUCAGGUACACCUGACUAUCAAUGACAUACCGUGCCUUUACAUCUUACAAUUCCAGUUCACUUAGUCUUAAUGAUACUUUUACAUUUCUCGCUUUCAGAAAACACAAUUAUGAUCAUCUCUGUUAGAUACGUAUUACAAUAGGGUUAUAUUAAAUAUUGCCAUAUUUUUACCACUGCCCAUAUACAUAGUGAUUAUUAUGAAAAUAAACUUUAAUAUACUAGAUUUCAGUUUCUAAUAAAGUUUUGUCAAAUAAGAUAUAAAGUUAGAGUAUUAUUUAAUUUAUUAUGUUAGGAGAGCCUACAGCCUCACUUACAAAAUAUUAUGUGGGUACGUAAUCAAAAAUGUUUCUAAUGUGGAUACGCUUGAAAAUAAAUGACACUACAAAACAAGGUAUUUUGGAACACGAAACAUGGGGGUAGAGAUUUCCAAUUGGUCUGCUUUAUUAGAGCGCAAUUUAAAAACUAUUAACAAAGUAAAGAAGCAUAUACGUUGUCAUAAUUUAUAUUGCAGAGGUCGCUCUCUUUUGAUCAUUAGUCAAUAACAAGCAAGAUGAAAGAGAGAAAAAAACAGAAGUAGCCAAAUCGCCUGCUUAAAUAGUGUCAUUUUUUUAGUACCACAUUCGCAUAAUUUUUAAUAAGUACACAUAUAUUUAGAAAAAAGUUAAAAAUAAUUGCUUAAUAUUAUCUAUCACAAAAUUCUAUUCUAAUGUUACUCUGGGCGAUCUGCAUUUUUUACGUGUAAGUUAAUAUUAAUACUUUUUUGAUAAUUAAGUCAUUUGUAACUUUAGUAAAAAUUGUAUAUUCUAAUCUUUGGCUGUAUUGUAGUUUCCUAUAAUUAAUAUAAGAUAUUUUGAAGUAUAUUAAUGAAUUAAUUUUAUUAUUAUAUUCUCUUUAAAUUGUAUUUUUUCAGUGAAGCAAGUUAAAAGAAAUCAAUAAAUUGUUUGCGCAUAUCAUUAUAAAACAAUGUUACAUUAAAGCAAUGUAAAUAAAAAGUGCUUUUAAGAAAUAAGACUGGGUUGAAAUAGAUUUAAUUCAAGGAAGUUUAGGCCUUAAAAUAACAAAUGGUCGUUUUUGGUAGAAUUUUAUUACAAUGACGUAUAUAAUUUUAUGUUGUUAUAUUUGUAGCGUAUAGUCAGGAAUGGUGGUAGAAAAACUCAAUCCAUCGUCGCGUUUUCUAAUGAACUGAUAUCUUGUAGAGUAUGCAGCACCGAUAAAGCAAUUCAUAAUAUCGAGGAGUAUUUUUUUAUAAUAUAUAAGGACAAUUAGAAAGGUAGAAAUAUUGGAACUUUGCCUUUGGAGUAGGGCUGCAUUGACGAUGCCACUUGGUACACUGAAUACUCGAUACUAGGGUAUCAAAACCCGGUAGACUGGAUUGUCGAUAGAUACCUUGAGAGUACCGACGUCGCAGAACGGAAUGUACAGAGCUUCACCGGUACUUGGCAACAGUCUAUCGUGAUAGAUAUUCUCAAGCCCGCUUCAGAAGAUUGCAAUUUAACUUUCUUUUGAACUUCUAUUACUUAUAUCUAAAUUAGAAUAAGUCCUUUUAUAUUCUACUUGACAUAACAUGAUCAGAGUGCACUCUCGCCUCUUACUCUCAUAUCGUACUAAGAUGUGUACUUUUGGAGCGAAAAAGACAAAUUUCCCGGCUUUUUCGCGCUGGGCAUGUGUUUUAUCUCUGUCCAAAUUCAAAACUAUUUUUAUUCAGUAGGUAACAUAGUUACAUAACGAACGUCUCAUCCGCCUAAAACUAUUGCAGCUUCUCACAACCUGUAUAGCCGGGGAAAAGAAGCUGCAAGAAAAACCUCGGCGCAGGGCCGUAGACGUUCUUUAAAAAAAAAUAAACAUAAAAUAUUGUUAUACAUUUAAGUAAUUUAGCUGCCUAAUAUCAUUUUUGUCCUAAAGUCCUUUGUUUAGUCUUUUUAUACGUACCAUUAUUUUACAUGAUUUUACUAACAUAAGACUUGAAAAUAAUUAAUGUUAUUUGUCACAUUAUCACUUAGGUAUCGAGUUGAUAUUCUGUAGUAGAUACGGCGCCUGUGCUUAUUGUUAUAAUGAUAUCAAGUUAUAAUAGAUUAUGCUACAAAAAAUAAUUGAAAUUUGAUUUAUACGUACUUAUUUUCGAUGUUUAUCAUUAUGGUACAUUGCCAUUUGCCACUGAAACGGGCUUCGGAGAUACUCUGUUAAUCUUGAGGCUAUUUUAGUAUAUAAAGAAGUAUAAUUGUCGCAAGAUCACCAUAGUAACAUAAAUAAUAAAGAGUAAACAUUAAGGAAUGUGUAUAGUAAAUUAUUUUGGAAGAAGCCAAUCGUCUAGUGGUUCGAGAGUGAGAGAAUGAAGAAUGAUUCUUAUAAUAUGUUUCUUCAAGGCUGAAUGAUAAUAUAGUCACUGGUAAAAGAUAAUGUUAUCUGGUAACUGAAUGUGGUCUGUACAUAAAUGUAUGUGUAGUAGGGUUGAAGAGAAUAGCUAAUCACGUGUGAUAAACAACACAAUAAUCUCACGGCUUAUUCCCCAAUUGGGGUAGUCAGAGAUUGGGUUGGAAUUAUAACAUUUACGUAUAGUUCAAAGAAUAAUAGUUAAUAAGCAGAUCGGUGCAAUAUUAGUUCUGGCCGCUUAUUUGAAAUGAGAUUAGAAAGACGGUUAAAUUGGUGCUAAUUCCUGUAGACACCAUCUCAUUUUUUUUAAGUUAUAACUGUCAUUUUAUUAUCCGCCGAAAAGGAAAGGGACAGGCAUAAAAUUUAUGGAACACACGUAAAUUUUAGGUAGAAAUUUAAAAAACUUAAUUGGCCAAUAACCAGACAGAAUUGAGUUGAUAGCACGUGUCAAUCGGGUUACAUAUCAGCGAGACGCCUAUUUUAUACGCUCGGGUUGUUCAUUUUAAAAUUAACAAUCGUCAAUCAACCGUCCCUUUUCUUUUCGGCGGAUAAGAAAAUGACAGGUAUAAUUUAAAAUAAAAUUAGGGAGGGCCUGCAGGAAUCGGGGCCAAUAUGAAAUUAAAAAGUAAAACAAACAGCUGUUAAGAGUAAGAGAGACUUUAAUAAUUAAUAAUAAGCUUUUCAAAAUCUGGUUGAUAUUUAGAAUAUUGGAACUAUACUUUUCUGUGCUAUUAUGGUGGUCCUGCAGACUAUUUAAGAUUAACCUGCAAUAACCUGUAGGCUAGUACAGGCUUAUAUUACGCAAUAGUACAAAACCAAGUGUAUAUAACAUGAUAAUAUUUAUUGCUAUGAAUUAGUUUAGAGGCGCUUUACUAUUUUGGGUGCCAAUUAUCUAUUUUGAAUAGUUGUUAGUUAAAUAAUCUAAAGUUAACUAGCUUGCCUUGGAAACUUACUUAUUAAGUCGGAUUAGGAAUUUAUUUUGGAGAGCUUGCUUAGUCGUUGUCAUAAGCUAUGUAAAUAGAGAAGUAGAUAGGUUUGAUGCCCUCUCAGGGUACGAUGUACGGAGUGAAAGGAAAAUACAAAUGUGGAAUCGAAACAACGACUAUAAAUUUAAUAUAACACCAAUAAAAAUUGUUAGGUGUAAGAGCGAGGUUUCAAUAAUAAUUUUAAGGCAUCACCUUUUUUUUAACCAUCACUUUUUUAUUAUAGAUAUUUAUUUUAAAGUUUUGUAGAAAUUAUAGUUGUACUGUUAGUACGGAACACGAUCUAUGCAUUAGUUAGUCACUUCCAUGAAUUAUUGGCAUGAUUUGUAUCUAUUUUUAUACUAUAAAGUAUGAAGUUAAUAUUAUAUAAAGAUUAUUUAUAAAGCAUAGCAUUAUGUGCAAUGAUUUUGUAAUUUAGGUACGUGAUGUAAAAUAAAUUGAACAAAUGGAAA